AUGUUACCAAUGCACGUGCAGACUUUAAUAAAAGCUUGUAAUGAUAAUGAGGUAAAAUAUAAGGCGGCAGUGUUACCCGGUAACUUAAGAAAUGGUGUCAAAGAUUAUUUAGCUCAAAUGAAAGAAAUUUCCAACCAGAAUGUGGAUAUUGUACUAUUGUCUUCCGAAAUUUACGGAAAAGCGGACUGCACUUCUGAUAAUUACGACGAGUUGGUACGGGAUAUAUCAUUGUUAGCGAAUAGAUUCAACGUGUAUGUAGCAACGCAUUUAUACCAGAGGUUGCAAUGUCAAGGCAGUGUAGAAGUUGUGAAGAAUAACAUUGUGUUUGAUAGAAAAGGUGCUAUUGUGGCUGUCUAUACGAAACCUUUGAACAAUUACGCAACAUGUAAUGUAACAUCUCAAAAGACAUUUACUACUGACUUUGGCGUAGAAUUUCUGAUCUUAAUGGAGGAAGAUCUGUUACUCAAAGACUUAGAAAACUUGAAGAAUACAAAGAAUGUAAUUGUUACUGGAGGAUCUGCAGACAAUGUGGUGUACAUAAAAGGGAACCAAUUGAUCUCAUCCUGGGCGUACAUUUCUGAUGCUAAUGUUUUGUCUGAUGAUGGAAUCUACAUUGGUAAAGCAGGUCUGAAGUCCAAAGGUCGUGUCAUGGAAAUUAAUAAGAAUGGAAAAGAUAAACAUAUUACGUUAUCUUUUAAUCCAAUUGACAUACGCGACAUUCCACUGGAGGAUACAAACGAGUACAUUAUCAGACCUCUAGACCUUGAGGCAAGUGUGUCAGGGUACCAGGACAUCGUAUGUGACGGCAGUUUUUGUUGUCAAUUUUACAUCAAGACAAGAAGUCUCGGUGCAAAGGCCACAGAAGCUCAUUAUGGUCUGUCUGUGUACUCCGGUGUUCGGAGGAUGGGUGGGCAGUACAUAGGUGUUGAUUCUUGUAAGCUGGUUGUAUGUGCUGCUCUUUACAAACGUACAUGUGUUCUUGGAUUGGAAAGUAACAUGGACGUUAUAUUCGAAAAAAUAUCGAUAAAAGGUAACUUCACAGCACAUCACUCGUCACAAUUCCCUGUCAUCUUGACAACACAAACGUCAAUGUCAUCUGACAGCUUCUCUUUCGUUAAGAAAUUGACGAAAGAUAUCGAAGAAGUGUCAACCGAGUUGUUAAAUGUUAAAAAUAUAUUGAAAUUCGGUAUUUUAAGUCGUGAUUUUACAAGAGAUUACGAUGAUGAUAAUUUUAAUAGUAAUAAAACAGCGAAAGUACAUUAUGCUAAUGAUUUUUAUGAAUACAUAUUAAAUGAAGAUCUAUUUGAAUUCUUUGAUUAUUUAUGGAUAAAGAUUAGGAUUUUAAUUUUAAUUGUAUCUAUUUAUAUUUUAGAAAUGAUGUAAAGAUUUUUAUUUUCGACAUUUCAAAUAUAAGCAAUGUAUAACCUUGAAGAAUACAUUUCCUAUCUUUGUCUAACUUAAUUAG